GGCGGGGCUGACGCCGGGUACGGACUCGCUGCGGCCCUCUCGACGGCUUUAACUCAGACAAAUAUUGUGGGCAUGGGGCAGCAAGACUUGUGGAGGUUGCUGUCGAGGUUUGGUUCAUUUAAAAGAACCAGUAUCAUUCUACAACAUUUGAGAAUGUCUACACACUCGGCAGGCUUGGGAGAAGUGUUGUUGGAAAGGAAAGGUUGUGCAGGAGUGAUAACACUAAACAGACCAAAGUUCCUCAAUGCGCUGUCCCUGAAUAUGGUUCGGCAGAUUUACUCCCAGCUGAAGAAAUGGGAACAAGAUCCUGAAACAUUUCUGAUUAUUAUAAAGGGGACUGGAGAAAAGGCUUUCUGUGCUGGUGGUGAUGUAAGAGCAGUCUCAGAAGCUGCAAAGACAAAGCAGAAUCUGGCUCAGGAUUUCUUCAGAGAAGAAUAUUUACUGAACAAUACUAUUGGCUCUUGUCAGAAACCAUAUGUUGCACUUAUUGAUGGGAUCACAAUGGGAGGUGGAGUUGGUCUCUCAGUUCAUGGACAAUUCCGAGUGGCUACUGAACGGUCUGUUUUUGCAAUGCCAGAAACAGGACUAGGACUAUUCCCUGAUGUGGGUGGAGGUUAUUUUUUGCCAAGACUUCCAGGAAAACUGGGCUACUUUCUUGCAUUAACAGGAUUCAGACUAAAAGGAAGAGAUGUGUACAGAGCAGGAAUUGCCACACACUUUGUAGAUUCUGGAAAGAUGUCCAUGUUAGAGCAAGAUUUGUUAGCCUUGAAAUCUCCUUCAGCAAAAAAUGUUGCAAAUGUCUUAGCAACCUACCAUGCGGAGUGCAAGACUGAUCAAGACAAGUCUUUUAUACUUGAGGAACAUACGGACAGAAUAAACAGUUGUUUUUCAGCCAAUACUGUGGAGCAGAUUAUUGAAAAUUUACAACAAGAUGGUUCACCUUUUGCUCUAGAACAGUUGAAGGUCAUUAGUAAAAUGUCUCCAAUGUCCUUAAAGAUCACACUAAGGCAACUCAUAGAGGGGUCUUCAAAGACCUUGCAGGAAGUACUAACAAUGGAAUAUCGGCUCAGUCAAGCAUGCAUGGCAAAUCAUGACUUUCAUGAAGGUGUUAGAGCUGUUUUAAUUGAUAAAGACCAGAGUCCAAAGUGGAAACCAGCUGAUCUAAAAGAAGUUACCGAUGAAGAUGUGAAUAAUUAUUUUAAAUCUCUGGGAAGCAAUGAUUUGAAACUCUGAGGUGGUUGAUGUUUUAAGAUAUAUUUGGUAGCAUGGGUUGGCAUACUACACCACCUGGGCCAAAUCUGGCUUGGUGCCUAUUUUUAUACAGCCUAAAAGUUAGCAAUGGCUGCUCUACUUUUAUAUCGUUGAGAAAAGAAAUCUAAGGUAUUACAUGACAUGUGAAAAGUCAGAGUAAUUUCAGAUAUCAGUGUUCAGAAGGCUUUAUUGAAACAUAGCUGUACUUAUCUGUUUACAGGAUGCUUUGAGUCAAGCAAUUACAACACAGGCUAUAUGGCCUGUAGCACCUGAAAUACCAUCUGUUUUAUCAUUGUCAGUUUGCCAAUCCAUUUUAGAAAAGGGGAAAUUUUGAAGGUCUCUAGAGAUAUCUAAAUGAAAUGGAAGCUUCAUAUUUGCCUUUCAGUAGUGGUUUCAGUGUAAAUGAUAAAAAAAAAUAAAAACCCUGGGGUUUGGGGGGAGAAUGUUAAAAUGUCUCAUAGAAUUUCCUUCUUGUAUGUAUGUAUGAAAUAAUUGACUUACAAGAGAGGGGAGGGUUCAUGUAAUUAAUCUAUCCAAUGUAUAAAUUCAGCCUUGGCCUUCCCUAAAGUAAUGAGAAUACCUUCCUCUGGCGAAACCCCAAAUUACAUUGAAUUUUUACUUGAGAAAAUUCAAAACAGUUUAAAAUGUAAGUAUCUUCAAUAACUGGUACUGUUGGCAGAAAAGUGUGUGUAAGCCAUGUAAGAAAUUUGAUGGAGUUCCAGGGGAAAAGACCUUGAAGUUCUAGGCAAGAAUAAGUUUACAAAAAGCUAUGAGAUCUGGAAAGGGCAUCAGAGAUUAUAUCCUGCACCUUCUCAUAGAGGGAAGAUGGCAACCUAUCACUUUUGUUUUGAAUUUUCCCCAUUCCUAAUCUAUUUGUCAUGAGGACUUUUCUUCCAAAAAAUUCAGGAACAUGUCUGGAAUAAAAUGCCAACAAUAUUGGACAUAUUUAUAUUUUCAAGGCUCAUAAAUUAGCCUAUUUAAUUAUUAUUAUUGGUUUAUAUUCACUUCAUACUUAAUAUAGACUGUUAAGUCUUUUAUGUUAAAAAUGUCUUUGUAUAAAAUAUUGAAAAGAAUUUGCAUCAAUUAAAUGAGAAACUCAUAGCUAAUUGCAACUGGAUUUAUUGUGCAGUUUCAAAAAAGGCGACAAAGUAUUUGGAAAAUAUAAUACUACUUCAUCACUAACAGGGAAGAGAAUUUGCUAAUAAUAUUUGUGUUUUGUAAAUCAAGAUGCAGGUAGUUUCUUAGAGCCAGUGAUGGAAGGCGGUUUGAUUAAAAGCUCUAUUAGAAAUUUGUUUUAAAAUUACUUGUUUUUUUGGCAUAGAUAACAUCUCUAACUUUUGGCUUUAAGAUCAUGUAAUAUGGAAGCAAAUAUUUCUGCCUCAUUUUAUGAACUGCCGGUGAUAUUGAGUACAAAAUGAACCCCAUUUUAGUCCUGUGUUUAUUUUUCGUACUCAAAAGGCAAUUUGACACAAAUUAUUCCUUUGGAACUAAGAUGGUAAUCAUUAUUGUCCCCUUUUAAAUUGUGCUUUAAGUGUUAAUAACCAUACACAGAUUGCAAACAACUAGUAAGGCAACAAAAAGGGGGAAAUUCUAGGGUCACAGGCUUGUAGUUCAGUUACGAGAGAGGCAAGUGUGGAAGGCAGCAGUGAAUGUCUUGGUUUUGGAUUGGUAUUAGGAAUUGGCACAUGUAUUUUAUGAAGACCUGCUUCCAAUCUGAAGGUUGUGCUAGUAAUUUCCUCUGCCCUUCACUAAUGUUUCCCUUUCUAGUAAACUAGUAAUUCUUUCAGUAUUCCAUUUUUCAGGUCUCCCCUCUCUUCUGUAUUAUUCUCUUCCUUGAACAUGAAAGAUCUUCAAAGUGAAGUAAAGCCAAUAUUUGAUUUUU